AUGAUACGAUCCCAGAUUAUCCGUGCUUUUUCAGCCCUCUUCCUCUUCCAGCAGGUUCACUUUACCCCUCUAUUCCCUUCAAAUCUGACUUUCUGUUUAGGCGAGAGCUUCCGGAUAUUUGGAUCUCUCUCUGAAAAGCGAAUUCAAUGUGAAAGGCGUGGUCAACAUCAGCAGUGCCCUUCAGCAUGCACCUCUUCUGAUUCCGUUCAUUGUUUCGCAGAAUUCAACUGAAAAGAUUCCAAAGAUUCCGAUCAAUUUCAAUGAAAACGAGUAUCAUCUGACGAUUUUUGUGGAGAAUGAGAAUCAACCAGGUGCAGAAUGACUGUGAUUCAUCGGCGGAUUCUCUCGAUUUCAGACAUUGACAACUCGACAAUCACGGCCACUUUCUCGCCGACACGUGGCAUUCUCUCCCCGUUGACCGUCAUGUUCCCGUUCAUCGGAGUCAAGAUCAACGUGCUCUGUGAGUCGUGAGUCAAUAAAAACUCAUUGAGCAAGGGUUACUAUUGCUGUUUUUUGAGAAAAUGGUACGGAGAGAAGUGUGACCAGUUCUGCUGCUCGGAAACCGCCGAACGAGUAGGCAAAGUGUGCAAUGUGCACGGACAACUCGCGUGUCCGGAUGGACAGAAAGGGUUCAACUGUGGAAUGAGUGAGAAUUAUAUCAUCUCCUUCGACAACCACUUCAACUCUUUCAGCAAUCAACAAGAAGUGGUGCAAGUGCAAAAACGACGGAAAGUGCGUCUCUUCGUUCGGAAAGAAUUUGAACGAGAAGACGCAGUGCGAUUGUCCCUUGGGCUACACCGGAUCUUUGUGUCAGAAAGAGGUGGAGGCCGUCGAGUUGGUGUCCACUUACGGGGUGGAUCCCAAGAAAUUUCGCAUUGGAACUGCCAAGAUGCUCUACGAGAGUGUGGUCGACAACGAGUUCGCCGAGGUGCACAGACCCCAUUCCACUCACAUUCUGCACAAUUUGAGAAUUAAUGAUGUCUAG